AUGGCUACCAAACAAGGCGAACAGAGGGUCAUUCACCCUUUCUUUCGGAGAGGUCAUUCUCCUGUUCUGAUUUACAAUUCCUACAGACGCUUACUGUGUGCAGAUUUUGAAGUAACACCCGGCACCCCCAACCCACUUGUCCAUGCUCCGGUCAAUGAUGCUAUAGCCGAAUCCAAGUCUCCUCACGGCGACCAGACCCAGAAUACCUCAAAUGCCAACUCUCUAGGUCCUGGCUCCGUUACUCCUUCUGAAACAUCCGAUUCACGUCAUACUCAUUCACUCGCCAUGCUCGAUCACGAUCCUAAUUCCGAACGGAGAAAACGGAGGAAGACCGACAACUACAACCCUGCAGAAGUAGUAUCCGGCACAGUCAAUACAAUCCCAGACAAAUCAGAGUCUCAUGAGCCACAGCCUCAAACGCCCACCAGUUCCCCAGAUGAAGUUCUGCCGCCGAUCGAACCUCAAUCUACAAACACUUCAGCGGGAAGAAAGUCGCCUAGACAGAAAACAAUCAAGCUGAAUGCCAAUGGGAAGCUGCUGUCCUCGCCGGUGUCGGCGACAAACAAAGACAACUUCAAACAAGUGAGGAAGAACAAGCGCGGCAAAGCGGGUAUACAAAAGCAUCAGGUUGUUGGCAGUAAGAUCGUGGUCAUCAAGUACAACCUGGAGGCAAAGCCUGCGACCACAAUUGGCCACCUCAUAGACGACAUCCUUAGUGGACGGAAGAAACACACCGCCGCCAUGAACACCACCCUACGGAUUCCGGCAGCUUCUACUACGCAAGAUCAACCAGCAAAACCGACCCACCCGUUCUUUCUGAAGAAAUCCACUCGAAAGGCGGAUGAUCCAAACGCCCAAUCAGAUACUCAGGACGGGACUCCCCCUAGCUCUCAGCAGAAAGAUCUCAAACAGGUCUCAACGCCACGCUUCCCGCUCAAAUCUGGCUCGAGCUGGUCCUCUACACCAUCAACUACCUUUGUCAAGCGGCCCCGAUACCCCGAACCUGCUCACCCUAUCUGGCCGCCUCAUGGCUUGACACACAUUAGAGGCACAGAGGACGAUCUCGGCCCCUACCGCCAUGCCAAUACUGGAAUUUUGUAUCUCGGCCAGAAGAAGUCCAAGACUGCUCCGGUCAAUAUCCCUGAUACCGAGAAUGUCCUUCUGCGUCGGCUACCAAGAGAGCGCUCCGCUGUGUCUGGAGUCAUGCGUUUGCCUGGAAGACACGUUGCUAGUGGGAAGAUUUUGCAGUGCGCCGUCACCAGACAACUUUCGGAACAAGCUUCUUCUGCACGAACGAAAAAGAGGAGCUUAAAUAGCAACUGUCACGCUGCUCUCACUAAACUACAUUCGUCGCUCACGAGCUCCAUGUCUGCUUUUGACCUUGGUGUUUUUGAUACAUCGAGCUGGGCCCAUAAAUACGCUCCUCAAUCCGCAGAGCAGGUUCUGCAGACCACGAAGGAAGUGCUUCUGCUUCGCGACUGGUUGAAGUAUCUCAAGGUCACAGCUGUGGACACAGGCAAAACACAAAAGGACGACGAGGUGAAAAAGAAAAUGGAUGAGAGAAAGCGCAAGAGGCGUAAGAAGGACAAGCUAGACGGCUUCAUCGUAUCAAGUGAAGAGGAGGCCUCCGAAAUGGAUGAAAUCUCCGGUUCAGAUGACGAGUUGGCUGCGGUUAUGACCACCAAGAAAACCGUCAUCCGUUCUGGCGAUAUGGCUUUAAGUUCAAAGUCUGGAUCCGAAAAAGUCCGCAUGUCUAAUGUCAUCUUGAUCAGUGGUCCGUCAGGGUGUGGGAAGACGGCGUCGAUUCAUGCCGUGGCCAAAGAGCUGGACUUUGAGGUGUUCGAAAUCAACCCCGGGAAUCGUCGCAGCGCCAAGGACAUUCUGGACCGUGUAGGUGAUAUGACACGGAAUCAUCUAGUCCAUCACCAACACAAUGAGAACAUUACCUCUGAUGGCAGUAGUGCUGAGCUGGUGGACCCAAGACAGAACAAGUUGAAGGGAUUCUUCCAGUCCACCUCGACUGUCAAAGCAGGGGCUAAGGCUCCUAUCGAAUCCAAAUGUUCAGCGCCAGAGUCGGAGACGAAACGUUCUCGCAGUCAAAAACAAUCGUUGAUCCUUUUAGAAGAGGCAGAUAUCCUCUUUGAAGAGGACAAGGGAUUUUGGUCAGGGGUGAUGACCCUGAUUAGUCAAUCGAAACGGCCGAUUAUCAUCACCUGUAAUAAUGAGCGACUUCUCCCACUUCAAGACAUCUCUUUUCAUGCCAUACUACGCUACCGAACACCGCCAAAAGUUCUCGCUGCUGACUAUCUCCUCUUGUUGGCUGCUAACGAGGGUCACAUGCUCAAACGAGGAGCGGUCGAGAGCCUCUACGACUGUACAGGUCGUGAUUUGCGGCGAUCUAUUAUGGAGCUGGAUUUCUGGUGCCAAAUGGCGAUCGGCAGCGAAAAGUCGGGGCUUGACUGGAUCCUCGAUCGCUGGCCGCGGGGUUUAGACCUGGAUUCGCAGGGUGACCCCCUCCGGGUGCUGAGUCUUAAUGCAUAUGAGCCGUUCAUGGGCUGGUUCGGGCGCGACAUACUGCAAAGUAACGAACCAGACAGUGAGAUCGAGGCCCGAUUAGAAUCCCUCGGAUGGUGGCGACUCAGCAUGCAGGAAACACAGGAUAUGAAAGUCCCAAAGGAGCCUGAUUCGCAUCUUUCAGGCAUGCAACAGGUAACCGCAGCGCCCAACCUUGAGCGUCUAGAAAUGUUACGGCUAAAGUCCAAGUUCGCCGAUGUACGGAGUGACCUCGACUUUCUUUGCUCCCGCUGCUCACUUGACAUGAAGCUAGACACCAUCGAUGCCUCGAUACCCCCUUUACCCGAAAAGCAGAGAACCAACUACACUGAUGGUUAUCAAUUACUCUCCGCCGACAUAAAGCCGGAUUAUACCGGAAUGCCGGCUACCAUAGGUUGCACCUUUGAGGCUUUGCUGGAGAAGGCUUUCCCGCAUGAGUACCAAGGAGCCACGCGGUCUCCUGAUAUGAAACCUCUAGACGGAAAGCCUUCGGAUCCUGAAUCCGAGUAUGGGGCGAAAAUCCUAAAAGAAGCUAACAGACCCGCCAGUGCUGGCCCUGGGCGCGCUGAAUUCAAGGCAGCUUUUGAACCUAUGACAAGAGCGGAUUACGUCUUUCCGAUCCCCACUGGUCGUUUGGCGCCUUCGUUCGAAAAUGGACUGCGUCCCAUCGCCGAGGACCUAGGACCUUACAUUCGAGGUAUUAUGGCGUAUGAUAUUCGCUUAGCACAGCGUCGUCUGCAGCUGGGAGAAAUACUCUCCACUGACGGAAAGGGAGCCAAACGCACACGACAGACUCGCGCCAGUCGAGCAGCGCUAGAAGGGGGUGAUAAAGCAUAUACUCGCAAGGAGAGAUGGUUUCCCUCGGAUGUCAAUCCGUCGCUGGUGUUCGCCACGGGCAAGCAGGAAUGGCAGGAAAUACUGGCGCGGAAGGGCUAUUUCGUUGUAGCACCCCCCGGGGAACUUCCAGUGGACUGUAAUGAUGGAUUAGACUCUACGCUGGGUAACUCCGCGCAGAGAUCCAAGUCCUCCCUUUUCGCCGACGAGCCCUCCUUGGGGGGGAAUCCAGGGAAUGCGGGUGCCUCCUCCCUUUUCGCCGACGACGACGGCUUGAACUCCGGUUCGUUCUGGGGAAACAGCGUCAACAAACGGACGAAACAACAAAUCGUGAAGACCCUUCUCCCGCAAGAUGAAACUCCUGAAAGCUAUAUCGAUGCGUAUGACCUGGUGCUCAGUGUGGGCGAUCGCGUGGGCAGCGGUGUUGGUCUGACCUCAGUCCGCGAAAUCUUAUCCAGCAGCGGACUCAGCGCGACCGAUCAAGCCAAAAUCUUGAAUCUCGUGGUUUCGGGUGAUAUGGAUAGCUCCACUGGCCUAGGACGUGGCGAGUUCAGCGUACUCUUGGCCCUCGUGGGUCUAGCGCAGGAAGGGGAGGACCUGACCUUUGAUGCGGUCGACGAUCGACGCAAGAAGCUCCCGCAGCCCAGAUGUUCUUAUCUCGACGCAUUGCGCGCUAAACACGAAACUACGACAUCCGGGCCGCCGUCGCAAGACCGUCCCACUACGCCUCCUGCUCCGGCCACCCCGCCGCCAGAGCCCAGCUCGACUCAAUCACGACCGUCCGCCCGUGCGUCCAUGGGCAGUUUUGAAGCCGACCCGUGGGGAAGCCCGCAGCUGCAUCGAGGACAUGCUCAUGCCCAAACCGAAUCCGAACAUCCCGUCCUAAAUGGGUAUGGCAGUGUUCGGUCCGGAACCAAUGCGUGGGCGAGUAGAGCCAGCGAUACCAGCGGCCCACAAGAUGCGACAGAGGUUACACAUCCUAAUGGAGGGACAAGCUUGGGUCCCUCCGCCAACCCCGGCUUCGGAUGGGGGGAGAGUCUAAGAAAUACGUCGGAUGGACAGGGGCUGGGUGGGCCGGUCCGAGCUGGACUUGGAGGUUUUGGCCCCGGAGGAAGCGACCAAGGCGACCCCAAUGCGCGUCGCCGGUCUCUAGGCAUUGGCAGGGUUACGAAUACUCGUAUGGAGGAGGUUAUCACGAUCACCUUGCUCCCGGAAAAGGAAGGCAUGUUCAUGUUCCAGCAUCGCAACUAUGAAGUCAAGUCUGCCCGCCGCGGAAGCACCGUGGUUCGACGGUACAGUGACUUUGUCUGGCUCUUGGACUGUCUCCACAAACGCUACCCAUUCCGUCAACUGCCACUGCUGCCCCCCAAGCGGAUUGCAGUCAAUGGCACUCACCUUUCAGCGGACUCCAAUUCCUUUCUGGAAAAGCGUCGUAGGGGACUUGUACGAUUUACGAAUGCGCUUGUUCGGCAUCCCAUCCUGAGCCAGGAGCAGCUGGUGGUCAUGUUCUUGACGGUUCCAACGGAACUCUCGGUGUGGCGGAAACAGGCAACCAUCUCAGUGCAGGAUGAAUUCGCGGGCCGGGCCCUACCCCCCGACCUGGAGGACUCGCUUCCCUCCAAUUUGACCGAUCUAUUCGAGACCGUGCGCAGUGGGGUCAAACGGUCGGCGGAGGUAUACAUCAAUUUGUGCACGCUGUUGGAGCGGUUAGCCAAGCGCAACGAGGGGCUCGCUGCGGAUCAUCUGCGAUUUUCCCUGGCGCUGCAGUCGCUGACUGAGGUGACACGCGACACUUACGCGGUCGAUACAAACGAUGUGCCGUUGCUCAACGAAGGGAUCAAGGCGACGGCGCGGCAUUUGUCGGCCAGUCAAAGCCUGCUGGAGGAUGAGGCUCGGGCUUGGGAGGAUGGGAUGCUGGAGGACCUGAAGCGGCAACGCGACUGCCUGGUCAGUGUGCGAGAGAUGUUUGAUCGGCGGGACCGAUAUGCCCGCAACAACAUUCCCCAGCUGGAGCGUCGCAUUGAGAACAAUGAGCGCAAGCUGCAAGAGCUGCGGGCACGGCCGCAGGGCACGGACAAGGAGUCGAUUGUGCAACAACACGCACGUGGGGUGUUUAUCAAAGAGUGCAUUCGGGACGAACUCGCGUUUUUCCAACAAAGUCAGUAUCACAUUAGCCGACUGCAUCAGGACUGGAGUCAGGAGCGGGUCAAGUACUCGGAGCUGCAGGCGGACAACUGGCGGUCACUGAGCGACCAGGUGGAGGGAAUGCCUCUCGGGGACUGA